CCGAAAAAGAACAAUCAAAAUCUACAAGCAUGUACCUUUUAGAAUCUCAAGAAUGUGCGCAUUUCAGUUACGCCUAUAUUAUAAUGCAAAGUUGAUUAAUAUGAAUGUGCUCACGAUCGCAUUAGCAGUGACGAUAGCAGUGGAAACUACAGGAUAUGAACUAAUUCAAAUGAUGCCAAAUGCCGCUUCGAAUGUACUACAAGCGUCAUCAACUUCGCACAGCAAUAAUGAGACCCCACCUAAAACUUUCCCAGAGCAAAUUGGAAAAAAAGAAGAAUUUUUCGAAAGCAACUCAAAUCAACCGCAUUCGAGACGAAAACGUUUGGUGUGGAUAACUGAUGAUGGCCGACUCGCGUUACCACCAGGCACCUCACUUACAUUUACCCCUACUAUAGCAAUGCCUUUGGUCCGACAUCCACCAGAAGGAUUCUUUUCAAAUGUAUCCAUUAGCUUUCCAUUGACAAUUGAUUUUGACAAGCUCGGCUUGACGGACGAGUCGAACCCACUGGGUGAUUUACCACCCAUUUUCACAAGACAAUUUGGUCGGUCAACAGGUCACGUGCUUGGGGAUUACAUGGCGCGUUAUCUCCACUACAAAAGUAAACGUGAUUUGGCUGCUCAGAGUGAAUCCUUCGGUAAGGAGUCUCCUUUUUUUCAAAUAAGAAAAGAGAGACAGAACGAAGAAAAUUUGGACCUACCCCGACUGCCAGAACGUUUUAAACAUGCAUUCCAUGGUGGAGAGAGAGUUAUGCUCUAUGGAGUUGUAGAAGAUUUGCUUGGGACUUUCGGGAUUAAUGGCAAGGCAUGUCUUCUGCGUACCAUAUGCGAAGUGCAUUCCCGGAGUAUAAAUCAUUUUGGCGUUUUCGGUGAAAUAACGAAAUUAUUUUUAACCGCAACUAGUUCACCAUUCGCUGAUCUGAUACCGGAAUAUGUUCGUGCGCAGGAAAUAGGAGAAGGCCGCAAAGCUCCUGGUGAAUGUUUUCCGUAUUAUAAAGAGUGUCCAAAGAGUAUAUUUAAAGCCGCACAGAAGGAGAAAUAUAGGGAAUCGCAUUCAGACAAUUAUGGGGAAUCACGAGACAAUGAGGUUAUCAAGCAAAAGUUGCCCGAUGAAUUAAAUAGGUUCACUUCUGUGAAGUCAACCGAUUCGCCUCAUGAAAGCAGACAAAUAUUCAGCAUGUAAAACAACACCUGUUAAAACACUACUUCAAGCUGUGAAGGAAAUUAAUUUUCAUGAAAAUGCAUAGCUUGGGUUAGUUUUCAAUGAAAGUCAUU